AGGCAUCACUCGCAUCUCACUUUCUCUCUCUCACACACACACUCACCCUCACACACUCCUAAACUCCACACACUCUCUCUCUCUCUUUCUCGUACAGAGCAGUGGGACCGGACACCAACGAGGUAAAGGAAACAUGAGUUACUCCAGCGAGAUUUACAGCAGCAGCUCCUAUCGGAAGAUCUUCGGAGAUGCCCCCCGGUCCGGCCGUGUGGGUCUGGGCAGCAGCAGCAGCCCGUCCCGCCUGCAGUCUGCGGGAUACCGCAGCAGCCACCGCACCUAUGGUGCCCCCUCCGUGAUGUCCUCCAACUACCGCAGGACAGCUGCUCCCGGCCGCGUCUUCUCCUCCAUGCAGGACUCCAUGAUGGACCUGACCCAGUCCACCGCGGUGACCAACGAGCUCAAGAUCAUCCGCACCAACGAGAAGGAGCAGCUGCAGGGCCUCAACGACCGCUUCGUGUCUUUCAUUGAGAAAGUGCACAACCUGGAGCAGCAGAACAAAGUCCUGGAGGCAGAGGUCACGAUGCUGCGGCAGCGCAACAACGAGCCCUCUCGCCUGCACGAGCUGUACGAGCAGGAGAUCCGCGAGCUGCGGGCGCGCGUGGAGGAGCUGACGCACGAGAAGAGCCAGAUGCACCUGGACUGCGUGCAGAUGAGCGACACGCUGGAGCGCGUGAGGGAGAAGCUGGAGGAGGAGACCAAGCUGCGGGAGGAGGCGGAGAACACCCUCAAGAACCACCGGAAGGACGUGGACGACGCCACCCUGGCGCGCCUGGAGCUGGAGAAGAAAGUUGAGUCGCUGCUGGACGAGAUCGCCUUCCUCAGGAAAGUUCAUGAGGAGGAGCUGCAGGAGCUGCAGGCGUCUCUGCAGGCCACACAGGUGUCUGUGGAGAUGGACAUGAGCAAACCGGACCUGACUGCGGCCCUUAAGGACAUCCGGGCUCAGUAUGAGAACCUCUCCGCCAGGAACCAAGUCCAGGCAGAGGACUGGUACCGCUCCAAGUUUGCCAGCGUGACUGAGGCAGCUGCCCGCAACCAGGAUGCCGUCAAGCACUCAAAGGAGGAGCUGAGCGAGUACCGCAGGCAGGUGCAGGCCCGCACCCUGGAGAUCGAGGCCCUCAGGGGCCACAAUGAGGCUCUGGAGAGGCAGAUUGCAGAGAUGGAGGAUCGCCAUAACAAUGAAAUCGGAGAGAUGCAGGAUACCAUUCAGCAGCUGGAGGGUGCCCUGCGCAGCACCAAAGGAGAAAUGUCCCGUCACCUGCGUGAAUACCAGGACCUCCUGAAUGUCAAGAUGGCUCUGGACAUUGAGAUUGCUGCCUACAGGAAGCUGCUGGAAGGUGAGGAGUGCCGCCUCAGCUCUGUAGGUGGAGCCAUGGUCCAUUCCGGCUACUCCUACAUGUCUUCCCGCGCCUACACCCUCGGAGCCUAUAGGAAGUUCGGAGCCAAGCCCGAGGAGGAGGAGGAGGAAGCGGAGGAAGAAGAGGAGGAGGGAGAGGAGAACGAGGAGGAGGGCGAUGACGGAGAAGAAGGAGAGGAGGGAGAGGAGGGAGAUGACCAAGAAGAGGGUGAAGGAGAGGAAGAGGAAGAGGAGGAGGAAGAGGAGAAGCCGAAAGAAAAGGAGGAGAAGGAGAAGAAGAAGGAGAGCCCCACCGGCAAGAAUAGCAAGAGCUAAACUGCUUGUGUCAUCAUCAUCAUUUUCAUCAUCAUCAAUAACACAUUCCUCGUCCCACAAAUCACUUAUAUGGAUCUGGUCCCUGUUCACAUCAUCACUGUCACACACAGUUCUGCACACUCCAAAUGCCUUUCACACCUUCUGUGUUAUUCUGUCUCUGUUUGCACUGUAAUUCAAGUGUAAUAGUACAAACUUUAUCAGAUGGAGAAGGAGCUAGAAGGUACUAGACGUAUUACAAUGGCAGAUGAGUUUAAAUCAUUUACAUACUCUGCAGUGGAGGUCAUGAUUUUACAUCACAAAACUGCAGAGAGACAUGCAGAACGCAAGCAUGAUGUCACAAAAUUUCCUAAGCUUGAAAUAGGGAAUGAUUUUUCCUCACCUCAGCAUCAGUAAAUGUGCCAUUGAUGAUCAAUAUUCACAGUAAGAGCAAUCAAAACCUUGAAAGUAACAAUACUGUCAGCACAUAGACUUUAAGAUAAACGCACAGAUCUUGGAGCAUGAGUAACAGCCAGUCCAACUUUUACGGUGCUAUUUGAUUUUUACAUAUAAAAGUUGGGGAGUACUGUAAGUAAAAGAUUUUAUCAUAGACCGAAUCUCUACCAGCUCAUUCCUCAAUGUGGGCUUGUUACACAGGAGCGUUUGAACUGUGAGUGCAACCCCACAUUUCCCACAGCAGGUGAAUGCUUUCCACUCCCCAUUCCUUUUUUUCUGCUCCUUUACAUUACUUUCCACUGAGUUCUGCAUCUCAUCCCAACACAACGAAAUGAAAUGUACCACUCACCGUUCAAGCCCUUUUCCAUCCUCUUUAAUUCACAGCAGUGUCACAGCACGGCAAUAAUGGUAACUCAGAGCUCAACUGUAUAUACUAAUGUGUUGGAGGGUGGGUGGUAUUUUCAGUUGCUUGAAAGGAGGAGUGCUGCAGCUUCUCAAUGAGGAUGUGCAUCUUUGGGAAUGAAAAAUAUAGUUUAAAUUGCCGCUAUAUAUAUAUAUUUUUGGGAAUAUGAAUAAUCCCCCCUUCGAUUGAUUCAUUUGUCAAUGAAUAUAUCAGCCAUCUCACCUGUCAGAGUUUAAUACUUAUCUGCAAGUCUACUUUUUUUCUUUCUCUUCAUACAAAUGUAGUGGUGCUUUUGUUUAAUUUUGCUGGAUAAAGGAAACAAGAUGGAGGUGAGUGUGGCUGUCGGUGUCAGGCAGCUGAUGAUGACACUGACGGCCCUCAGCUCAGACUGUAAGUGGCAGAUGGGGCAGAUGCCUCAGGGGUCAUGGCUAUAUGGUACGGAGUUGCAUAUAAGGGCUAUUUUCACCAUAACCCCUUCUAUCACUUUGCCCUGACCGGUUUAAUUUCACUGUUGGUCAUUUUUUCAUCCCCUGGGCUUUUCUUUUUGACAAAUGAAUCAACCAAUGGGCAUGAAUGCAUGGCCUGACUCUUGGAGCUUGACUAUUUUCUGGAUGGGAUAGAUUUUUGCUUGUUGUGUGUUCAAUUAAAAAACUUGCCUUAACCAUGACUGAAAGUUAAAAUAAAAUAAAACAUAUUUUCACUUGCAUCUCACUUGUUCCUGGGGAGGCUGAGGAGUGCUUACACUUUCCAGCCCUCUGCUAUACAACUGUGACUGUACGUGCUGCUAUCUCAUGCAGUGAUAUUCUUCUCAAAGCCAAAUAAAGACAUUUAUUAACCAAAA